AUUAAGGUGGUGGUAAACGGUGGCAGAUAGUGGUAGGUGGUAGUCAGUGGUCGGUGUUGACGAUAGUCGGCAGUGUUGCACGCGUCACGCAUCUUCGACUCAGUGCGAAAAUACGUACGCGUCUCCAGAGAUGAGAUCCGCGCUGUUAUGCGUUUUCGUUACGCUAUUUGUCGAAGGAGAUAUAGUGGCAGGAGAUGACUUCAGACCGACACCUAUUCCACUGGACGAAUGGCGGCCGGGGGAGAGACGGGGACGAGCGGGCACAUUACACGAGACAAUCCAAACUGCUUCCCCACCUACUACAGUCGUUAUCCCAGCACAUUACUGGGAAGACGCCUUACGUCAUAGUGUCUACUUAACUCUAGUCAGAGAUAAAAUUGACCAACUAAUCGCUAAAGAUGACAUCUCAGCUUCUGACAAUAAAGAAAAUAAUCACGAAUUAAGAAAUAUUGACGAUCAAGAUCUUUGGGAAAAAAUCAAAGCAGCACCAUUCGACAGACUCAAAGAAGACGAAAGUACAACAUAUGGAGAUGUUACGAUUCUAGCGAGGGGAAGGUUAUUAGAAGAAUCGAAAGGGUACCGUUUCAGAGAAGACGACAAGUCGCAUGAAAAGUGCGACAAUGACAAAUGUAUGGAUGGUGUUAAAGCAUUCUGGUCGGUGAAGCGAGUCAGACAAAGAGAUCAAGAAAUGUCACCAGGCAAAUACCACUAUGAGUUAACAUUCUCUGUCAUGUCACAAAUACCCAAAAAACAAAGCAAGCCGUAUGAGCGACCAAUCAGAACAUUUACAGUCCAAGAAAGCACAAAUGAUAGAGUGACAGAUAAACCUUUAUCAUAUCACCGAACUGAAACAGUACCACCGCAAAUAUCUCGACCGGAAAGAGCCAUUUGGUUCCAUAAAAAUAUUGCCCAAACACCUCGUUACCACAAACGACAGCAACAGAGUGAAUUGGACAGAUUAUUUUCAUCGCUAUUCGACGAUGACGAUGAUGAUGAAGAUGAGAACUACGAACAACAGAGAAGAUACAAGCAAAAUCAAUACCAACCCACAUAUUCGCCGUAUUCUAAAGUUGGUUACGUUGGAAGCGCAAGCUCAGAGCAUAACACUCACUUAAAAUCAUUACCAUAUCCGUAUAAACAUCACGUUAUCAAAAAUCAGAAUCAUCCACCUACCGAUCCCUUCCAUCAACAUUAUUUAGAAGAGGACAGUGGUUUAAAUUAUCCACAUUUAUCACAGACAGAUUACAAACCACAAGGGUAUAAUAAAGUAGACAGCACAACCCGUCCGGCAGUUUUACCUACGCCUUUACCGCCACUGGCUUCAUCAAAAGAUUCUUAUAUGAAAAAGAGCACUACGACGAAAUACGAAUGGUCAGAUAAUGUGACAAACCCACCAGCGGUUCAUAAACAAUAUAACAAAGGGAAAGCACCAGUUAAAGUUAAUUACUUUCCGGAACGCUUAAGACCGCCAAUUUAUAACGCACCGCCUGGUGUUUUUGUCACGAUGGACAAAAAACCCUUUAAACCUAUGCCCCCAUUAAAAAUGCCAACCACGAAGCCAAUGAGGUCUCACAAACCCAUCGAUUUUCGACCGAGUCCACAAGUUCUCGAUGUUCAGUUUUCUGAACCCGAUCCCUUGUUCGAUUCUGCAUUUAGACCAAUUACUGUAAACUACGCCGACAGUACAAACUCAACAGAAAAAACCCUUGUUUCGGAAGAAAACAAAUACAGCGAAAACAUAUUACAUAAACCAAAUGUAAGCACGAAGAAGCCACCGAAGAAACAUAAUAAUACAAAAUCUCAUGGGAUUACAACACAAAGUCCAGAUAUUAUAACAGCUCAUAGUGUCGAACAAGACGAUAUUAUGGAAUGGGCCGACAUGUUAGGUAUUUUUGCCAAAACUACUCCCAUGGAUAUACAUAAAGAAAAAAAUAAAACAAUAUCAACUACCACACCUCUGCCAACAACUUCUGCUAUCAUUAAAUUAGAUACAACAGAAACAACAACUGAAACUCCUUCAUCGUCAACAACAAUGGCGUCUUCGACUCAAAAGACGAAGAAACGGACCCGACCACCGCUCAAGUUCAACAAAACGGAAAAAAUUAAAAAGCACAAACGAAUCACCACAACAACACCAACAUCGACCACAACAUCCACUAGUAGUCCAUUAACGACAAAACUCAUUAAAGAAAACAAGCGAGUGACACCAGAUUCAGAUAUAAAACAACAAACGAGUACGACUGUCAUUAGUACCACGAAAACGCCAUGGAAACCUUCGUCAAAAGCAACCACAACUCCAUUAAGCACUAUCAGUACAUCGACGACAGAAAACCCACCUUCGACAACCACUAUUAAAACAACCAGUAAACCUUCUAGUACUGAAUCUACAACAACUGCAAGAUCAAAGAAUAUCAACCGGUUUCGCCAGUCAACAUUACUGAUAAAAGGAACUUCGCUAAAACACGACAGAUGGAGUGCUACAAGUGCAACGCCUGAAAAAAUUCGCAGUGUUUCAUCGAAUUAUAAUCAUAGAAGAAAAGGUUCAAAUUUUCAAGGAUAUCUUUCAUCCACUCCUAAAUAUGUUGAUGAAGAGAGAAAUCGACACGAUCAUAUUGACGGUACAAGUACUAUAAGGCCGAUUACAACCAACCAAGAGAUUACAACGAAAAAAGCUGAAGUCACAUCUACUGUACCACCUGAUGAAGAAAGUGAAGGAGACAUUUCAAUGGACGGUGAAGAAAUAUCGAAAAUAAAAGAAGAAAAUAAAGAAACAUCUGAAGAAUCAAGAGAUCAGAGUGAAUAUAUAUUCCAAUCAACCGAACCAGCUAAUGACGAAAGCAAUGAAAUAAUCGACACGGAAGCAACUUUUACAACAGAAAAGAUAGUAAUCACAUCACAAUCUACACCUAAAGGCAAAAAAUGCAAGAAAAAGCAUCAAAACUCAACAACUGAAGCUAUUUCAACAACGACAACAACAACUAUAGCACCUACAACUACAACUACUACCACUACAACUCCUAGUAUACUAGAAGAUCUACUAAACGAUUUUUCCUUCGAUGACAUUGAAUCGGAAAAUAAUGAAAGAAAUGUUCAUCAUGAUACUGAUAAAGAAGCAAGUCAAUCUCAUGAGCAUUAUUUUAAUAUGAAUGAUGACAUAAAAGAACUACUUGACACUAUUAACAAAAACAGUAAGUAUGAAGGGUUCACUGACGAUGAUGAAUAUGAUGAAGAGAAUGACGAUGAAGAUGGUGACGAUGAUGAUGAUGAUGAAAGAGAGGCAUUGUUUGAAGAAGAAGAUAUCAGUUAUCAUUCAUCUGAUGAUUCACCACGACAUUCAAAUGACGAAUAUGAUGAGAAACCGCCAUUGACUUUGUUAGAAUUAAUGGCUAUGGAAUAGACUGAUUCUUAAUAAAUAUACUGCCUCACUCAGAGUUAUUUAAAUAAAUAACUGUGGCAGUUAGUGUUAAAAAUACUCAUUAAUUAAGCUUUAAUACUGUUGUACAAGUCUGUCUACAAUUUACAAUAUACGCAAAUAUAUUUCAAAUAAUUUAGUUACAAAUAUGCUAAAGAGAUAAAGCAUUUAAAAUAAAUCUUUUCAUAAGCUCUCUUACCGUUCAAUCAACUACUGUCUAAUCCUCAUAUUAUAAUCUUUAUAAUUCUAUGUUCUGUUU